AUGAAGCGCACCGAGCGGCGGUCUGCCGUUGGCGUGGGCGUGGGCGCACUCGUGGCGGGACUCGUUGCACUCAGCCUCCUCGCGACCCAAGCUAGCGCUGACGAGUGCUUCGGCUUGGAUUGCGGGUUCAAGGACUGUCUUUUGAACACUUUUGGCCAACCCGUCUGCAUUGACUCGGGGGAAGAAUGGAAUCCGGAUGCAUGUCUCAGUCAGAACCUGUUUUGCGGGGAAGCAGAGUGCGUCGUGCAGGAUGGUACAACACGUUGCCAAUGCAAGGAAGGUUUCGUCUUACAAAAAGAUACUUACAAGUGCAUUGCUGACGUGUGUUACAAGUAUGAUUGCGGGACAGCUGCUUCCUGCUCUGUGGGAGGCGAUGGCACUCCCAAGUGCUCGUGCAAUGUCAAAGGGCUUAUCUACGACAACGAAAAGAGGACAUGCAACGACGCGUGUUACAAAUAUGAGUGCGGACCAGCUGCGUCUUGCUCCGUGGUAGGCGAUGGCGCUCCCAAGUGCUCGUGCAAUGUCAAAGGUCUUAUCUACGAUGAAAAAGACAAGUCAUGCAAUGCGGCAGACCCGUGUAAGACGGGCACUCUCAGGUGCGGCAAGAAUUCCAAGUGCGUUCUGAGGUACGGGCAGGGGAGUUGCGAGUGUGACGCCGGCUACACCAAGAAGAGCGGCCUCUGCACUGCCGUGUGCAAGCGGGCGUGCCCUGUGAAUGCGCAGUGCACGGUGGAGAGAGGAAAGCCGGUGUGCCAGUGCAGGCAGGCUUUCAAAAUGGACAACAACAAGUGCACACGUAAGCGAGAGGGAGGGAUCUCUUUCCGUGCACAUCAGUUUGGGAUAUUCCACCAUCCCCCCCUCCCACAUGCACCCAUGAACUCCCCACAUGUCACAUCCGUGCCAUCUAUUCUCACUGUUUGCCCCCUCAACUCCCUCCCACUCAUUCUUCAAUCUCUUCCUUCACUUCCUCCCCUCCACCCACUUCUCACGUGGCAGUCACAUGCAAGGGUGGCUGCCCUGCUAAUGCGCAGUGCAAGGUGGUGGGAGGAAAGGCGGCAUGCCAGUGCAAGGCGGGGUUCCAAAUGGAUUAUAACAACAAGUGCACUUAGCUGA